AUGGCGGACCCAAUGGGAGCCGAGAUCGUGGUGGAGCAGGACGCCCCUUUUUCGACGCCAAAGCGCCCGAGUCGGGUGGUGAAGCCUACGAGCAAGAAACGCGACGAAACACCCGACAGACGACGCGAGAAGGUGCAGCGGUUCAUGACAGUCACGUCCGGCAAUGCCAAGGCCGAGCCAACGCCAAUGGAUUGGAUUUACGAGGCACGUACGUACGGCAUGCACAUACGAUUUAAUACACCGGCGGGGGGGACAAUCGAUUGGGUUGGGGACCGCAUUAAGCACCGCCGAGUGCAAUUCCGGAUGGGCGAGUUGACGGAGAUGUUGCAUUCGUUGAAGGACGAAGCACGAGGGUUGUUGACAACAUUGGCCAUGGUGGACGAUGUCAGCCAGUUACCGCAGAUCCCGUGGUCGUCAUUCGAAGAUGACCACAGCGAAGAUAGAGUAGGUUAUUCGUUUUUAGAAGACGACCGCAACCAUACGUGGUUAGAAGCUGGCAAGAAUUGGGGUAUACGGCGAAUCACCGAUUCCCCAGGCCGUCGGAAGAUUUGGUUCGACCACGGGAGAGAGGACGGGAAGCCGUUCCAAGCCAGAGCAGUACAGUCAUAUGGGCAGACGCUUGUUGUUGGUAUAUUCGUCUUGGAAGUUGCUGACCUCGUCGUCGGCCCCAAGCUUUGCAGCCAAUCAGAAUUUAGUGGUCAAGAUGUGGCCGUUUUGGGAUAUGUGGGACCGUCACUCAGCCAAUCAUGA